AUGCCUCCUUUAUCAAGAAAGAGACUGUCUAGAAAUGAUGCUAACCGUAUGCUAAGAAAUCUGGUGAAAGUAUUAUCAAGUGUAAGCGCACCACGAGAGAGGUCUAUGUCGGAAUUAGCAUCUGAAAUGAGCAAACGGAUUAGUCAGAGCAAACCCUCAACCUUCGACAGUAAAGGGGAACCGUCGGAGGUUGAACUCUGGUUAAGAGAAUUCGACAAACUUUUUGAUGUAGUAGAAUGCCCGGAAGAAUUGAAAGUCAAUCAGGAUGCAUUUUAUUUAGUUGGAGAAGCCGACUACUGGUGGGCAAACAGUAGAUUGGGGUUGUUGGAGCAGGCUGAGGGGGAUUUUGAUGUACAAGCGAGCGUCUCAAAUAGAGAAUAUCUUGAGGAAGUAGAAGGAGAGAGAGAAAGGUUUUUAUCAAAAGAAAGCCAAAAACUUCGGCAAUUUUCAAGAAGGUGGGUCUGGGGCAAAUGCGAGCUUUGGGGAGAAGCUAAGCCUGCGAAGCCAUUACUGGAUCGAGAUGGCAAUGAGAGGAAUUACUUCUGUAGGAGGUGCAAGAAAAACCAUCCGGGAAAAGAUUGUGACGGAAAUCUGGUUGAGUGUAAUUUUUGUCACAAAAGAGGCCAUAGAGAGUAUGAAUGCUACAUAAAGAAAGGGGGUAGAAGUCAACAGCCGGAUGGGCAGCACCGGUAA